CAAUGCUGCUCUGUCAAAAUUCAAUCAGCUGAAAGAAGCAGCAGCAGAAAGUUUCGAAGGAGCUUCACCAGGAAGGAUUUUAAGCCGUACGAGCCACAAAGACCCCCCAAAACUCGCUGGAUUGUACAGAAAAUGUGGCUUUUGUGAAAGCUCGUCAGGAGGAAUAUAACAAAUUGUGUAAAUAGGGGUGAAAAUUGAGGAAAUUCAGAGAGAAUAUUUAGGAGAAAAAGGUGAAAGAAUGUUCACAACAGACUGCACACCCAUCAAGGACAUCCGUCCGGGUUUGAAGAACAUAAAUGUGGUGUUUAUUGUGCUGGAAGUGGGUGCAGCAACGGUGACGAAGGAGAAUCGCGAGGUGCGAACAUUCAAGAUUGCCGAUCCCACGGGAUGUAUAAAUUUGUCAAUUUGGGAUGAACCAGGGAAGCUUCUCAUCCCGGGGGAUAUUGUACGUCUCACAAAGGGCUAUGCAUCUGUGUGGCGACAGUGCUUGACACUGUAUUCGGGAAAGAAUGGUGAUAUCCACAAAAUUGGCGAUUUUUGCCUCACAUUCAAUGAGCAAUUGAAUAUGAGCGAACCAAAUCCCAAUCUUGCCGUCAUCCAGCCACAGAUGGUGAAUAAUGGAGCGAAUCUGGGACCAAGUAGCAACAAUGGUACACAAAAUGCACCCCGGACCACUCAGGCGAAUCAGAGCACAUCCCAGGCUACGGGUAGUGUUGCUGGGAGUAGUGCCGGAAGUUCCGGAAGUGCCUCAAAAGCAACCACCCGCCUCAGUAGUGAGACAAAGUCCACAAAGAUACGCACAGGACGUAGCAGUGGUGGCCGGGGGAAUGUCAAGAGCGAUAGGAGAUAGUUGUGGGGGUCAUCAUGAGAUAAUUAUUCGAUAUAUUUAUGGAAAAUAUACACACACGGGAUUCCCAUUUUCGCAGAAAAA